UUUUUGUUAUACUCUCGCUCCCUUUGAUUGUGACAAUUAAAACCUCGGGUAAGUUAAUUGUUAGACUUUGAUUAAUGAUAACUUUAACAUCAUCAUAAUCACCAUCAUCAUUAUCAUAGUGUAAAUAAUUAACUUCCCUUGACGGUGGGAGGGAUAAUUGAAAACCCGGUCUACCUUUUUUUUUUCAUUCAUUUCAUUUGCCACUCUCACUAUUUCCCAAUUCAAUUUGUACAAUGUUUUCAAUUGAAACUUUCAAAUGAUUAACUUAAUAUUGAUUUAAUUAGUUGAUCAUCAGCAAGAGGUUGUCAGUUGAUUGACAAGUGACAGUAUUGAUUGUGUAUGUGGUUUCAUCAUUGUUACAAUAAACCUAUUGGACAUUUAUCUAAUAGUAGUAGUAACAAUCAAAGUUAAUCAUUAGUUGUUUUUAAUCAAAGUGAUUAGUUGAUUGUUAAUUAUCAAACUUUCCAAUUGUUGAUAAUGUCUUCAAAGGUUAUCAACAAUUUUGAACUGACCAAUUCAAAUCAUUUAUCAUCAGUUAAUAGUUCAUGUGAAAUUAAAGUGAUCUGUUUGGAUAACAAUUUGCGUCCCUCAUCACCGUCAAGAUUCAAAGUCGAUAAAGUUUCAUCGGCUGAUUUUUACCAAUCAAAUGGGUCAACAAUUAACUCUUCCAAUCUGAUCAAUGGUAAUUCUAAUUGUAACAAUCAUGUUAUCAGGAGAGAUUCAAUUGAUAAUAACAAUUCAAUUUAUGAGACGAAAACUUUAUCAUCUCAUCUCACCCGAGAAGCGGCUCCUCGAGUUGACCAUUAUCGUAACAUGGCCUCAGUCCAUGGACAUAUAAGUCGACCGACACUUGAUGAACUCCAUGGGUAUGAUGAUGAAACACCAGCGGGAUCACAACCGACCAAUUUUAAUCAUGACAAUUACCAACAAAGAGCAGUUAAACUUGGCUGGAUUACAGGAGUUCUGGUUCGCUGUUUAUCAGGAAUUUGGGGAAUCAUGUUAUUCUUGAGAAUGGGCUGGGUUGUCGCUCAUGCCGGUAUUGGCCUGGGGUCAGUUAUCGUCAUGUUGUCCUCUCUUGUCUCUACGGUCACCUCACUCUCAAUGUCAGCCAUUUGUACCAAUGGUGAGGUCAAAGGUGGUGGUACUUAUUAUAUGAUUUCUCGUAGUCUUGGACCAGAAUUUGGAGGAUCCAUUGGGGUCAUUUUUUCGUUGGCGAACGCUGUGGCCGCAGCGAUGUACACAAUAGGUUUCGCUGAAGCAAUUAACAGUAUUCUUAAGGUUUAUAAUUCACAAAUUAAUGUCUCCGAUUUGGACAAUAUGAGGAUCAUUGGUUGUAUCACACUCUUUAUACUUAUAAUUAUAAUUUUCAUUGGAACUGGAUGGGAAUCUAAGGUUCAAGUUGGUUUGGUUAUUAUUUUAAUCGUUUCGAUUUUUAAUUUUGUCUUUGGUUCGUUACGAUCUCCAAGUAGCUAUGCAAUUGAAAGGGGAUUCGUUGGGUGGAAAGCCUCGAAUCUUGUCGAUAACUUUGGUCCAGAAUUUAGAAAUGGAGAGACUUUUUUCUCGAUAUUUUCAGUCUAUUUUCCGGCGGCUACUGGAUUUCUCGCUGGUGCCAACAUCUCCGGAGAUCUUAAGGAUCCACAAAAGGCUAUUCCAUUGGGAACACUGACCGCAAUCGCCAUUACCACCGCGAGUUACAUUCUGUUUAUAACGAUCUUUGGUGGAACCUCAGUGAGAGAAGUGAUUGCAAUUAACGGAACUAGUUUACUAAUUGAUGGAGAGAAACAAGGAUUGUAUCACAAUUACAAUUUAAUUCUUUUAAUUUCUUUCUAUGGUCCACUUAUCUAUUGUGGUAUUUUCGCUGCCGCAAUUUCAUCGGCACUUGGAAGCCUUGUAUCGGCACCGAAAGUUUUCCAAGCUCUUUGCCGAGAUAAAGUGUUUCCUUACUUAUCAUUUUUCGGCCAUGGUUCUGGACCAAACGAUUCACCAUAUCGAGGUUACAUCCUGGGAUUCGCAAUCGCCCUUGCAUGUUGCCUAGUCGCCGAUCUCAAUGCAAUCGCUCCGAUCAUCUCGAACUUUUUUCUGGCCGCUUAUUGUUUAAUCAAUUUCUCCUGUUUUCAUGCAUCAUUUUCCAAGACCCUUGGUUUCCGUCCAUCAUUUAGAUUUUACAAUAUGUGGGUUUCCCUUGUUGGUUCAAUCGUUUGUCUUGUUAUCAUGUUCAUCAUGAACUGGCCGACAGCCUUAAUAACCUUUAUCAUUGAAUUUAUCCUGUUCAUCUUGGUUCUAUUCAGAAAACCAGAUGUUAACUGGGGAUCAUCAACUCGAGCUCAAAUCUACAAAUCCGCUCUAAGUUCAGCUCAUAAGUUAUACUGUAUGCCCGAUCAUACAAAAACCUACAGACCUCAGAUAUUAUUACUUUCUGGUGAUACCUUUGUAAGACCUUCGUUAGUUGAUUUCGCUUAUCAAAUCGUCCAAGGAGUUGGUCUAAUGGUCUGUGGUAAUAUAACUCAAGCUAAAUUACAUCAGAAAUCAAGAGAAUCGCUAUUAAAACGUAACAAUGAUUGGCUUCGAACCAGAGGAAUCAAAGCUUUCUAUUCGGUAAUCGAUGAAGAAUCAUUUGGAUCUGGAGCGAAAAGUUUAAUUCAGGCCAGUGGAAUCGGUAAAUUGAGACCAAACAUCGUUUUCAUGGGCUAUAAAAACGAUUGGCAAACUAAUGAAAUUGAAUCAAUUCAAGAUUAUUUCAACGUAAUUCAUCAAACUUUGGAUAAACAUCUAUCCCUUUGUAUCCUGAGGGUCUCCAAGGGCUUUGAUUACUCGAGGUAUGGACGAUUGUCUCGAGUGUUCGAGGUUCUUGAAGAAAAACAAUCAAAUGCAUAUACGAAUAAAUCUUUCAAUUUAACCGAUGGAAUAACUAAAACUUGGAACAAAUUAAGAAAUGGCAAUUCUUAUUCGCCCUCAGAUUCACCAACAAAUCAACAAACUCCUUCAAUUGUUAUCCAUCCAAUUGAUAUUGAACAUUUGACUAAUCAAGAAAGUAACAACAAUAAUCCGAUUCCCGAUGAAAUAAUUCAAAACAUUGAUUUAUUUAGGAAAAGAUCAGUUAAAUCAACGAUUGAUGUUUGGUGGCUUUACGACGAUGGUGGAUUAACAAUGUUAAUCCCUUACAUUUUAUCCUCAAAGAAACAAUGGUCAAAUUGCCGUUUACGGGUUUUCACUUUAGCUGAGAAACGUGAUGAUCUAAAUAGCGAACAGCUUAACAUGGCUUCCUUGUUAAGUAAAUUUCGAAUUGAUUAUUCUGAUGUAAUCGUAAUUCCCGACAUAUCGAAACCACCUAAGGAAGAAAAUAAGAAUAAAUUUAAAGCUCUUAUUGGCAAAUGGAGAGUCGAAGAUGAUUAUCACCAAGAGACCAUUUUACCCUCACCAGCAUCCUCAUCAUCUCCAUCACCGAUUCCCGAUGCUCCAUCACCUUCACCUCAACCACCACCAUGUUCAUCACCUUAUAUCACAGAUACUGAAUGGAAUUCACAGAAACGAAAAUCAUAUCGUCAAAUCAGAAUCAGAGAAUUGGUUGAAAAAUAUUCAACCAAUUCGAGUCUAAUUGUCAUGACACUUCCUAUUCCAAGGAAAGGUUCAUGUUCAGCCUCAUUGUUCAUGGCCUGGUUAGAGACCUUAACGGUCAACAUGCCACCGUUUUUACUGGUCAGAGGAUCGCAACAAAGUGUCCUUACUUUUUAUUCAUGAGCAUCUCGACAAACAAUCAACAUAAUCAACCAAGAGACCAAGUCAACAAUCAUCAAAAUAAUCAAAAUUUUCUUUUAUGUAAAUAAUCAUAACAAUCUAAUAUCUGAUGUCUCAAUCAUAUCUACACACACACACAAUGAACACUGUCAAUCCAACAAUGAAAACCUCAUCAAGAUAAUCAAGAAUAAUCUUAACAAUCAAACUAAUUUCCUUCUUCAA